AUGCAGGUGAAGAAAACCCUCAGGGUUAUGUUGACCCAGAAACACCUUUUGGUAGUAUGCAUGGUGGGAGAAAUCAGGGUUCUUUGCAAAUACUUGGGACUUUUUGGUCCAAAUUUCUCUGAUGCUCCCUGCGGUUUUGCCACCUUCAAAUGUUAUCGGGGUCCUACAUAUGGGCCAUGCCUGCUAUCCAGGAUGCAAUCAUUCAGUUGUGGAAAAUGUGUGGAUAUAAUACUUUGUGGGUGUGUGGGGAUGGACCAUGCUGGGAUAGCAACACAGUUGGUUGUAUGUCCAUGUCUUUGGGAUGAUAUGAAGAGACGAUCUUGA